AUGGAUACCACUUACGACCACAUCGAGGAUGUCAUCGGCCAGCUGCCUAUCCUGAAAAGCUACACCCACGUUCUGCUCUGCUUCCCCCUGCCCGAGGACCAGCGGGCCUCCAUCUUGGAGUCCCUGGAAUCCGCCGCGCACACCGUCGUGUCCGCGCUGCCCUUCCUCUCCGGGCGAGUCAUCAACGAAGGCGCCGGUCCCCAAACCUCCGGCGUCUUCAAAGUCGCACGCUUCCCCCAGCAGGAAUCCCCGGACCACCGCUUCGUGCGCAUCGAGGACCGCUCGUCCGCCUGUCCGCCCUACCAGGAGCUGCUGGCCGCCCACGGGCCCUCCUCCAUGCUCCCCGGCUACCUCUUAGGGCCCAGGAAGGCCUUCCCCGAGCCGUACGACGACUCGGACGAUGCCCCGGUGCUAGACAUCCAAGCCAAUCUCAUCAAUGGCGGCCUCCUGCUCGACCUCGCCGCGCAGCACAACAUCAUCGACGCCGGCGGCAUCUUCCAGAUUGCCAACCUCCUCUCCACCGCCAUGCGCGGCGAGCCCAUCCCGCAGGCCCAGAUCGACGAAGCCAACCGUCCGCGCAAGGACAUCAUCCCACUACUAGGGCCCGACGAACCUCUCCUCGACCACUCGGACCUGCGUCCCCCCUUCGUCAUCCGAACCCUCCCGCCCCUCGAGGCCGUCGCCCCCUAUCAAUGGCGCUACCUGCGCAUUCCCGCCGCUGCCGUCGCGCGCAUUAAGUCCAUGGCAGACGCACACCCAGAGGACUUCGACGCCUCGACCCCCUUCGUCUCCACCAACGACGCCUUAACCGCUUUCCUCUGGCAACGCCUGAUCACCGUCCGCCUCGCCCGCCUGAACAACCCAUCCGCUAUAUCCCGCAUCUCUCGCGCCGUCGACUUCCGACGCACCAUGGGCCUCUCCCCGGCGUACCUGGGACACAUGGUUCGCGUGACUUUCCUGCGCCUGUCGUUUGCCGAGAUCACCACCUCAUCCCUCUCCCGUCUCUCGUCGUUACUGCGCAAAACCGUCAUGGACGUGUCCACCCCCUACGCUCUCCGCAGCUACGUCAGCUACAUCGCCAACGAACCCGACAAGGCGAGUAUCGCGUACGGCGGGGGGUUUGACCCGGUGACGGACUUCUCGUGCUCGAGUAUUGCGCACGUCAAGGUGCCGGUGUUUGGGGACUUGGGCAGGCCGGAGUUGCUAAGACGGCCGACGUAUAGGCCUCUGCCGUGCUCGGCGUAUGCGGCGCCGAUGUUGGAUGGGGAGGGUGUCGAGGUGUUGGUUUGUUUGUUGGGGUGGGAGAUGGAGGAUUUGAGGGGGGAUGAGCUGUGGGGGGAGUGUGUGGAGUAUGUGGGUUGA